AUGCCUAGAUGUAGUAAAGAAGAAGACGUCGUCGCGUCUAGCAACACUCCGCCCGACAAUGAGUCCACUAUUGUCUCGCCUACAAACGAGCAUCCAGACGCGAGCGCCAUUGUCAAAGAUUGCGAUCUUCCGGUGUUAUCCAUUGACACUGUUUCCUCCGCAUCAACCCUUGGUCCGAGCAAUGAUGAUGUCUCUUCAAAAACGCAUGCCGUUUCCGGAGACGAUCCUUCCACGACCGCCCAGAACCUUUCGAGCGUGCCUGCCGUUUUAACCUCCAGUUUUCGCAGCAAAGCGUACGAGAAAGCGUGUGAAGAGCUUGCGAAAGAACAAGAUGAUGUCUUGAACGAGGACGAUGCGAAAACUCUGUUGAAAAAGAUUGAUGAGGAAUAUGACGGAGCAACGCAGAACAACUUCCUCCUGCACAGCGUAGGCAAAUUUCAGAAAGCCCAACCACUCUUGGAAGGGUUUGCCUUCGCGGUAGACCUCAUCAGUUUUGUGGGCAGCUUACACCCAGCUGCAUCGACUGCCAUUUCUGUCAUAAAGGGUGUCGCCACGAUGGCUGUAGCAAUCUCAAAGUCUGGCAGCGCGCUAGCCAAUGAACAAGAGAAGAUGCUGCGGAAGCUGGAGCACGUGUAUAGAUGCGAACAUCUUAGCGAUGGGCAGCCCGAAGAGUCCAUGUUCAAGAGUCUCGUGCAAGUUUAUCGCAGCCUUUUGGAGUACUACAUUGAAGCACGUGGAAUUUUCAGAAAGAACAGUGUCAUGAUGGCAAUUAGCCUGUGCGGUGAGAACAACAGCCUGUCCGAAAAAGUGAAAGGGUUUAUUGCCAAUGUGCAAUACCUCGAGUGCGAUAUCGAGUUAUUCACGGCCAAUCACGUCAAGGCUUCGGCAAACCAUGACCUGGAUGAAAAAGUAUCCAAGCGCCUGGCAGCUGAUGCACUAUCCACGCAAUACGGGUACCAUGAUAAGCUGAAGAUGGUACGAGAGGACAAGGCCUGCAGCUUCAUGAUUGAUGCCAACGAUAUUUACACGCGUCUCUUCAUGGAAGGCCCAGGCCGAGUGCUCAUCACAGGCAGCAUUGGAUGCGGCAAGUCUGUCAUCAUGAGCUUCCUGGUGGAUAAAUUCUUCAAUAAAGGCAAGGAGCAGCACAAGGAUCAGGGCACCACCCCCAUCAUCUGCAGUUAUUACUGUUGCGACGACGAUUCUGGUAACCUGCUAUCUGUUCUCCGCGGACUCAUCUUGGCCAUACUUGACCAAGUCACUGACCAAAAGAGGGAUUUUGAAGAAUGGUGUCAAAGUCAUCGAGCUUUUAGCCUGGGUGAGCCCAUUGCCAGCCCGAAAGAGCUAGAGAUGUAUCUUGGACGCGUUGUGAAGAGACUUGAUCGCCCUGUGCUGCUCGCCAUCGAUGGCUUGGAUGAAUGUGAUGACGUCUCGCGGACCGCUCUUUUGACAAUUCUCGACAAUUUAUCAGGAGAGAUUGCUCAUGUCAGGUUUAUCCUUACUUCCCGCACCGAUAUUGUGGUCUCCGGGAAAGCUGACCAGAGCGUACACCGAGUUCAUCUCCGCCCCGGCUCGGAUCGAGACAGACUCAUUGUCGAGAAGCAAAUCAACGACAACAUGAAAGACUACUCGGAAGAGAUCAAGCAAUAUGUAUCAGAGAAGCUCUCCUACAAGGCACAGGGCUGCGCUGUCUGGAUCAGAAUGGUCGUCAGCACAAUUCGGUCCAGUAGGAUCACGCUCAAGGAGGGAAUGGAGGCCUUCCUCCGCGAGAUGCCGCUGCCCGAUGAGCUAUCCAACAUGUAUCAGAAUCUCUUCCGUCAUUGCACUACUGGCUGCAGCUGCAAUACGGAUAUCGCGUGGUCGGCGCUCAAGAUUCUGGCCUCGACGAGGCGAGACUUGACUAUCAAGGAGCUCGCCUGGGGCGCGUCGAUGGCCAACGCUCGACCGUCUGAGAGUGACAAGGAAAUAGAAAUAGCAAAGAUCAAGAUGGAAGCAGACUGCGACAGAAUUUGGCAACUGAUUCGGCCCUUUAUCACCGAAUUGAAUUCGUCCGCCGGAACUGUCGCCACAAAUAAUGCCCAUCUGAUGGCAAGCCCUACGGAUACAGGAUGGCCAGCGAAGUUCGAAAUCAAGUCUCCGACAUUGGAAAUCAAGUCUCCAACGUUCGAAAUUAACUCUCCGACGUUUGAUCCAAAUUCAGAGGAAAGAUUCAAGAUCAAGCUACGUCUCGGUCAUCAAUCUGUAAAGGAAUUCAUCAUCGCAUACGGCAAUGCAUCUGGGUCGGAUAUUGCAAGCGCUCAGGCACCCCUCCCAGCAUCCAAAUUCCGGCCUGAGCAGUUCAUGAAGGAUGUAUGCAUCAGAUAUCUUUUGCUCAAAGACAUUAACGAGAAGAGUCUGUUUGCAGACAGCAAAAGUUUGGUCACGCAGCUUCCCCAGCUGAUUGACCCAAUGAAGCAAAACGCCAUAUAUGAGAAGAGUCUACCCAAAUACACACCAAAGGAAUGUGAUUUCGGAGGCUUCUUCGCAUAUGCCUCGUGCUACUGGGUCGACCACAUGGAGAAGGACGAAUCGCCUGAAACGCUGGCAUUGGACAACCUAGAGAAGCUGUGCAAGUACAAGUCUCAACGGCUUGAUAAUUGGACCAAGCAGAUUUGUCGUCCGAACUGCACUUGGCAGCCGAGAUACGAACUCAAUAACGCGGAAUUUGAUCCACUAGUUGUUGCUGCCUUCUUUCUGCCGACGAAUGUCUUGAUUCAGGUUCUGCAGCAGGGUCGUUUCGAUGGGGGCUGCUACGGGAGCGAGCCGCUCCUCACAGCAACCAGCGUGCUCCUCCAGUACAACAAGUUCUCAAGACUGAAAGCUCUUCUCACAAGUCAUCGCUCCAAGGAUAGGAACGAAAUCCAGAUGCUUCAGUGCCUCCACAUUAUUAUACAGAAGUGGAAAGAAGAAAAUCAGCAAGGCGAGGAGCAGGGCAACCGAGAUACCCCGCAUGGAACUCAAGGAGAGGGUGCAGAGAACUCGCACGUCAAAGAAGUGUACCGUAAGCACUGGGACGAACUGUUCGGGCUCGUCGAGGAAAGAGCCGAUAUCAUGGUGACAGAGCGGUGGGCAAACGACCUCUUCUGCUUGGCUGCCGGCGAAGGCUGCAUGCCCAUUGUCGAGCGGCUGAUCCAGGCCGCCAGGAGUAACCGGCGGCUCCGAGCGGCCAUCUGGGGCACCAAGAGGCACCCGGCGUCACCCCUGCCGGCCUCGGCUCACCAAUCCGUUGGAUAUGCGGCGGCCAACGGUGACCGACGUAUGGUCGAGUUCCUGCUGCGGUACAAGCACUCCCGUACGCACCUCUGCUAUACCGACGCCGAGGGUCGCACGGUCCUGCACAUGGCGGCGCAGCGAUGCGAUCCGGGAAUCGUACGCGCCCUGCUUCUACAGCUGCGUGUCGGGGGCCUCUUCCACAUCGGCCGCGUCGACAACAGCGGCCGCACGCCCGCGGAGACGGCCCUACAAAGCGAUGCCGCCGAGGUCGACAGGGAGGAGGCACGGCGGCUGCUGCAGGAGGCGCAGCGCAGCCAGGACAUGGCGAGGCUGAGGCUUGCGGUCUGGGCGCUGAUUUGGUGCGCACUCAUGCUGGCUCUGGUCUACGGCGGAUUCCAAUUUGUCUUGACCGUGCUGGUGUGGCGGGUGACCAAGACCGGAAGACUGGGGAGUCGAGGGAUGUAA